CAUAUUUUAUCUGAAGAAUAUGCAUUGAUAUUUACAACGUAUAAAUUAGUUUUAAAAAUGAGCCGUCAUUUUCCGGUGAUCGUCUACACGAUUGCAACAAGCGACACUGCUUCUGCCUACAAAUUCCAAUUCUUAAUCCCCAAUAUGAAAGCAACGUUUUUCUAUGUAGAACCCCAAUUCGACUCAUAAUUCUCGCGAAUUCGUUGGUGGAGAGAAAUGAGCUCUGAGCCGUUGCUCAAUUACGAGCCUCCGCAACUGAAUUUCCAAUUUGAUCAGAACAAACAGCUCUCAUCUUCCGUCCAACUGUCAAAUAAAACCGACGAUUGUUCCAUUCAAGUCAUGAUGACAAAAUUGCUUUUGAAGUGUUAUGAGGAAAAGGAUAUCACUCGUAGUGGUGAAUCAAUUAUGAGGAACUUUAUCAGCAAUUGUACUGGUGAAUCAAUUCUAAGGGACGUUAUCAGUAGCUUGCUGAUUAUAGUCUCCUUAUACCUCAUGAAACAAACAAUAUCAUGGAUCUGGAGUUUGGUAAUGUUUGUGGUGAUGCUGAUUAUAAAGAUGAUAAAGAAAUUGGUGUCAGAUUCUGUAGAGGACUGGAUUGUGAAAACUCUUCUGCAUAUCGUCAUGUAUGUUCUAUUUGGGCGCAAGGAGAACACAGGACUGACAUAGGUUGUGUUAAUUAUAGUGAUAAGCAAGGAAAUCAAAUGUAGUAUUUAUUGGCUCUGUCAAGCUAUGCUUGCUUGUAAAUUAGUUUUGUACAUGUUUUCUUUUACACAGCGUAAAUCAAUCUACGGACUACAGAGAUAGUGUUGCUUAUCAUUACCACGUACAUAUGAGACUGAAAGUUGAAACAAUUUUUGCCAACAUGUUCAAAUUUGAUUGAAAGAUGUA